AGUUGCCGCAAUGCAUGACGAGUUCCCGCUUUCCAUGCACCCACCCUCGCUAGCACUUUCGGCACCCCUCUCACAGCAAACUUUCUCCGCCAAUCUCAGUUAUCAAUGCCACCGCUCGGCGUGGUUCCAUCGAAAGCUUUGACGACCGUUUGAUACUUUUCUGCAGGCACAACAUCGACUGGGAUUUGGUAAGGUGCGUUGCAGCCGUUUUUUGGGAAGGCAGGAAGGCCUCACAAACACCGCGAAUCAUCCUCUCUCUUUGAUUUGCGCGCCUUUCUUUUCCCCCUCUUUGCUACGAGAGGAGAAGAGAGAAGCAUCGUCAGUCAUCCACGACGACGGUUCUUUGCUGCAAUGCCGCCGGCAUUGAGACCAGCAGCGCCAUCGCGGAGCCUCCUUCGGUAUCUUCGCGCCCAGUCCGAAGGGCUCUCGUUUGCGCCAACAUGUCGCGCUGCUGCUGAACGACAUCCCGCUCUCCAGCGCCGCCAUGUCUGUACCGCAGGCGGUCCGACCAGACCACCAAGACAGCCUUCUUCGACGAGAUCGUUGAGUACAGCAACUCCACCGAAGCGCACCGAGUUGCGCGCCGGUCUUGUCGACCUCGAGGCCAUUCUCCCCAAGUCGCUUCGAAAACAGCGCACCACAAAGUCCCUCCUCGCACUCCCACCGCCGGCUGGCUCGUUGCGGUUCUCGUCCAACCAAUCCUCUGACUGCGACCCCAAGAGGCCAAGGCUUAGAGAGUGGCUAUUCGGCAAUGGCGAGAAGAAGGGGCCGCCAGAUACCCGGCUGAACGAUGACGACAUAAGAGUCGCAGUCGAAGAAGAGUCCGGAUCCAUUUUUCAGCGCAGGACUUUGAUGGCAAAGGCUGCAAUGGAUCCCAGACUGAGGUGUACAGAAGUAGACGAAAACGGCAACGUUGUCAUGGUGGACGGUGAGCUCAAAAAGAGUGAGCUUAUCGCAAAGUACGGUCUUCUGCCUCGCGAUCUUCGCAAGAUCGAUUCGUCCAACCUUCCUCAUAUCCUCAUCCGUCCUUCGGCGAUUCUUCUCAACCUGCUGCACUUGAAGGUCCUGAUCAAGCAUGACUGCGUCCUUCUGUUCGACGUCUACGGUUCCAAGAGUUCAUACCCCCAGUCGGCCUUCAUGUACGAUCUACAAGGCAAGCUGCAGCAAAAGCAGUCGUCCGGAGCCAACAGUCUGCCCUACGAAUUCCGCGCUCUCGAAGCCGUGCUUAUGUCUGUCACUUCCGAGCUGGAAGCCGACUUCGAAGCCGUUCGUGACCCUGUCAUUCGCAUUCUUAGCGAGCUCGAGGAUGAUAUCGACCGCGAGAAGCUGAGGGUGUUGCUUGUCCUGUCCAAGAGGGUUAGCACUUUCGAGCAGAAGGCCAAGCUUGUGCGUGAUGCCAUUGAGGAGCUGCUUGAAGCCGAUGAUGAUCUUGCGUCCAUGUACUUGACUGAGAAGACGCAUGAUCUCUACAGAGGCGAGGAAGACCACACUGAAAUUGAGCUCUUGUUGGAGUCUUACAACAAGAUUUGCGACGAAGUUGUGGAGGAAGCGAGUAACCUCGUCUCGAGCAUCAGGAACACGGAGGAAAUUAUCCGUGCCAUUCUUGACGCUAACCGUAACUCGCUCAUGUUGCUCGAUCUCAAGUUCAGCGUGGGCACCCUCGGCCUCGCAAUGGGCACCUUCUUGGCGUCUUGGUACGGCAUGAACCUGGAGAAUUUCAUAGAGGAAACCAACUGGGGAUUUGCUAUGGUCACCUCGGUCUCGACGGUCGCCUCGCUGAUUGUCUGCUGGUACGGCCUUGUCAAGCUCCGCAAGGUGCAGCGUGUCAAGAUGGGCGACUUGCACAACCGCAACGCCCCCAACCACUGGUUCCGUGACGAGAGCACCGACGUCCUGCUUGAUCCCAGCAACCGUGAGAGGUUGAGGAGGAUCAACUCGAUGAAGAGUGCGCAGCAAAAGAGAUUCACCAACAAGAAGUGGUUUUAAUGCCUUGAGAUGAAAAAGAACAGACAGGGUUGCGUGAUGGGCAGAGAGCGUUUGGCGUUUAGGGAGAAUGAACGGAAUCCCUUUUUAUGUUGCUUCGAAGAGAAAAUAAUGGCGGCAAAAUGCAUAUUAGACGGAUGGCGUUCAGACACUAAAAAUGGGUCCUCUGUCUUGUUUGUUUUGUUCUGCUUGUUGUUGUAAGAUGGUUGU